ACAUCAACCUCGUGGACGGACAAACUGCCCAGAGAGUCCACUCUAGUUGUUUCAUGUCUUGAAGUGAGGUAGUCUUAACAAUUUAAAGGAUUAUAGGACUAGACAAUUUUGGAAUAUCAACAGCAAAUAAGAUCUAGAUCUAUGUCCGUUGAAAAUGGCAAACACAUAGCUGACAACAAUGGUCACCUAAACAGACGUAAAGCUGUGAAGGGAUUUGCAGAGUUUUGCUGCUCCCCUGUCAAAAACAAAGAUACAUGGAAGGAAUCUGCAGAAGACUUCAAAGUCAAAAACACAAACCUUGAGUACACUUACCCUUUAAAGCUACUUGUGCCAGGUUUUGCAUCUUCUGUACCAUGUUGUCAGUGGCUGUAUGUUAUCACUUUUGGUGGUGGGCUAGUAGAAGGAGACAAUGUGUCCCUUGAUGUGAAGGUUGGGGAGCACUGCACAGUGGUUGUGACUACUCAAGCGUCGACAAAGGUUUAUAACUCAGAAGAGAGCUUAGUUACACAACAGGGCUUACGAGGUCUGGUUGCUGAUGGGGGAUUGCUAGCAGUUCUUCCAGAUCCUGUAGUCUGCUUCAAAAAUGCCAUCUACAGCCAGAAACAGGAUUUUGAGUUAACUUCAGAUGGCAGUGUUGUCAUCCUGGAUUGGUUUAAAGCUGGGCGUGUGGCACUUGGAGAAGUCUGGGAUAUGAUAAGUUACAAAAGUCAUAACAGAGUCUUUGUAGAUGGAAAGCAAGUGUAUGGAGAUUCAAUCUUCCUUAGCAAUGAGAACAGCUUUCUUUCACUUAAAGAGUCCAUGUUUGGUGUGAUGGUGUUGGGAACCUGUGUUUUUAUUGGUCCAUAUUUUAAAGAAAUCAAGAAAAAUAUUAAGGAGAGAGUCUCUGUUCUCACAAAAUGCAAUGAUAUGAGUACUGUCAAGAAAGAUGUGAUGGCCUAUGCUAGUAUUUUGGAUCCUUCACUCUGCGAUGGUGUUGUUGUCAAACUCAUAACCACACAAAGUACGGAAGAGGCGUACAAUUUCUUUAGAAUGGUUAUUCAAGAUAUAGUGCCAAGACUUGGUGGAGACCCACUUGUGAAAUGAAAACAUUGUCAAUUAGCAAAUAAUAAGUAUUAUUAUUUUUUAGACAUAAAAAUGAUAAAUGAACUUUUAGAAGUUUGUAGUUUAAGAGGGAAAUCAACCUGCCGAGUAAUUCUUCAUAGACAAAUCAAAUUUUGAAAAAUUAUCUUUGGAACUGCAAGGAAGUGUUAGUCACUGUUACAGACAAAUUUUAAUUUAACAAGAAUACAACAAUCUUAGAGAAAAUAGGCUUUAAUUUCAAGUAGCUUUUCCAGAUUUGAGUUUACUCAUAUUAAUAGCUUUAAAAUGUUAUUUCACAUUGUUGUCAUCCUUAUCAUGUACAUAAAUAUUCCUAGUAAUACCAAAUAAGAUACAAACUACUGUAACUGUAGUUCAAGGUUGGUGACCUGUGGUACACUGUACAUAUCGUACAAGCUUAUAAACCACCACACUGAACUAUUCAGCCAGAAAUCCCAUUUUUUAAUGAUGAUCAAAUGAUUCACUUGUACAUCAAGAUUUGUGUCAAAAGUAUAAUAAAAGGAGGCCUCUGUUAUCUUCUA